AUGGACAAAAAUCUCAGAAUGAUUGCUCGAAAUAUAUUUGUGAAUGGGGAAAUGCUUUGGGGUAGGCCAAAAAAAUGCAUAGAAUUUCUUUUUAAUAAGAAAUAUAUCACUACGAAUAUAUCUGAAAACAAAGAAAAAAAAACUAAAAAUAUAGAACAUAUAAAGCUAAAAAAUUUUAAAAAGAAUAAAAAUAUUAUAAAAAAUAAUAAUAAUAAUGAGGAUGCAUAUGUUCUAAAUGGCAAAAUAUUAUAUGCCCCAAAAAAUAAAAAAAAACAAAUAAAUGAAUUACAAAUAAAAUACCCUGCAAAAAAAAUAAAAAAUAUAGACAAUAAUGCAAGCAAUGUAUAUUAUAACAAAUUAGGUAAUAAUAACAUAAAAAAAAAUAACUUAAUAAUUCAAAUAGAUCAAACAGAUGGGAAAUUAAAAAGACAAAUAGAAAAUGGUGAUAAUUAUACAAGCAAAAAAGAACGAAUAUCAAUAAAAUUAAACGGAGAUGACGAUACUAAUUUUAAGACUACCUCCUUCAAUAGUAAUAAUAAUAUCAACUUAAAUUUGGACACUGCAAUAUACAAUAAUUAUCAUCAUACAAGUUUUUCUGAUAUUAACGCGAAUUAUGCACAAAAUAAAAAAUCAGCUCAUAUAAAUUUUUUAAGUAAACAUGAUAAUACACAAAAUGUUGAAAGUGAAUUUACACAAUUUGCUAAUACUAACAAAAAUUGUAUAUAUAAUGAAGUUCCUUUAUUCAAUACCUUAAAGGCCAAAGAAGUUAGUGACAAUAGUAUUGUAAACACCAUAUGUAAUAGCUCUACAAAUCUGGGAAUGAUAACUCAAAAUAGCUUUAAUUUAAAUUCUAAUGCUAAUUCAAAUUCUUCACAAGAAAAAAAUAAUAAAAAUGACACAAUUGAUACCAGCCUAAAUAAUAAUAAUCGAGACAAUAAAAACAAUGAGGAAAUAAAACAAGACAUUUACGAGGUUCUAAACGAGAUAAAUUGCAGCUCGAAUAAAAAAGAAAUAGAAGAUUUUUUAAACAAUUUUUUUUUAUAUAAAAGCAAAAAACCAUCUAGCAUACUAGGAAAUUAUAUAAGCUUUUAUUUUUGCAAUAUAUUAAGUGAAGAUUUACGAAAUUUAAAACAUUCAUGUUUUGAUGGAGUAAAAUUAUGUGUUAAUACCUUUUUAGGUACAAUAAAAGAAUUAGAUGAAAAACAACUAUCUAAAAUGGCAAAUAUAUAUUUAGAAGACUAUUUUUUAAAAAUAUUUAAAAUUUUAAAAGAACAUAAUUUAAGUUUACAUUUUGACAAUAUAUCAAUCGAUAAUAUAAAGUUGUUAUAUAUAUAUAAUAUAUUAGGCAUAACUCGAAAAGAUGGAAAAAGAAUAAAAAAAGAAAACAUUAAAAAAUUUUUAUAUCAGUAUAUAUGUGUAGAUAAUAAAGAUAUUGCCCUGUUAAAAAAUACUACUCGAAUGAAAUUCUUAUCAAAUAUAAUUAAAAAUGGUGUUACGACACGUAUGCAUGUGUUAGUUAAUCUUUCAUAUGAUGUAUCGGCGUAUAAUGCGCUUACAGAAAAUUGUUUUAUUAAAACAAAUUUUAAAAAUAUUAAUUUAGAGUUAGUAUUUGAGAAUCAGCUUGAGAACCCAUUUUUUUCUUUACAAUCUCCAGAUUCUAUAGAUUUAAAAUCCUCUGGAUGGUAUUUGGUUGAUGUUAAUCAAAUAUUGAAUGGUAAUCUUCCAUACGAAUGA